AUGUCCAUAAUUGUAAAGAAGUCAGUGAAGGAGCAUCUUUUGACGUUGUCAAAGAAGGAAAGGCGUGAAUACAUCAGGACCUUGAGGGCCAAAAGCAAACCAAACUUUGAAAUUGCUGUGGAUGCUAAGAAGAUCUGGGAAAAGUUAAGGAGGUAAGCUGUUUUAAAUUAAUAUAAAUUUUUAUGUUUAGUUCUAAAACACCAAAGCAGGAGAAAGAGGAACUGACACAUAAGUUGUACGAUUUGAUCAAAGGAAAGACGACGAGUAUCAUAUACGCUCAUGACACAUCCAGAGUUAUUCAAUGCUUGUUAGCUACUGGGAAUGAAGAAGUUAGAGAUAAACUGUUUGCGGAGUUGACACCUGAGAUUGUACGAAUGGCCAAGUCUCCGUAUGCCAGGUUCUUCUUGGUUAAGAUGCUUAAAUACGGGUAAGCAAACUAAUUAUUAACUGAAAAAUGUAGUUUUUGUUACAGUUAAAAACUAUUCUAAUUGCUAUGUAGUUGAUAGCUAGAAAUAUACAUUACUUUUAUAUUUUCAGAAACCGACAGCAAAAGAUUGACAUCUUACACGCCUUCAAUGGUCAUUGUGUAAAUCUUCUGAGAAACAAAUGGUCAGCAAACAUCUUGGAGACCGUUUAUAAUGAAUUGGCUACAGCUGAACAAAGAAACAGUAUUGUCAGAGAGUUUUAUGGAAAUGAAUUUGUUAUUUUCAAGGUAAUUUGACUUUAGUAUUCACGCAUUGUUUAGGAUAAACCAAAAAUUAUUUAUCUUUAUUUAGGACGAGAACAAUUACUCGACCAUUGAAGAGAUCGCCAAAGAAGCUCCAGCAAAGAUUGAAGGUGUUGUGAAGCAUUUGGAAGAGUUGUUGAAUGAUAUCAUUGAAAAGUAGGUUUGAGUAUUCAAAAUCUUAUUUACGCCAUUAUUUUUGCUUUUUUUGGUAUUAAUGUACAAAAAUACUUAAAUAAUUUGACUUUUCCAGAGGACAACUAAAACUGUCAUUAGUGCACAAACUUCUCUGGGACUAUCUUCGACAUUGUACAAAACAACAGAAGCUCGAGAUGAUCCAGACAAUCAAAGAAUUUCUACCAGAGAUCUGUCACACACGAGAGGGAGCCUUCAUUGCUAUGGAGUGUGUAUGGGAAAGUGAUGUCAAGACGAGGAAAGCGAUAGUAAAGUCGUUCAAAGAUCUGGCUGUUAAGGCAGCUACUGACAAGUUCUCCAGAAGAGUAUUGUAUGCCAUCUUCGAUUCAGUGGACGAUACAGUAAUGGUAAACAAGAUGAUCAUCAAAGAGAUCGCAGACAACGUCUCUGACGUUAUUUAUGAACCAAAUGGAGUACAAGUAUUACAUUAUCUGGUACAUCCAAGAGAUGGAAGAGUUCUUGGAAAAGGAAUGAUGGCGAUUCUGAAGAAGGGCGAUGGUAACGAACAUACCAAGAAGAGUCCUGCAGAUAGGUACAAAGAACUUUUCAAUGGAAUCAAGGAAUCUUUGUACACAUUCUUGGCCGCCAACAUGAAGGAAUGCCUCUACAAUAAAACAUCAGCUGUCUUGGUAUUAGAUGCUCUUGAACCAACACGUAAGCAUAACUUAUUAUUUAAAAUUCACAAGUUUACGUUGGUUAACUAAAUUUUAGUGAUUAAUUGACACUUUUUUGUCACGAACUAUAAAUAGGAAUUUUCAGACGAAAGCGAAGUGAUGCCACGGGAAAUCGAGGACCAAUAUCUGAAGCCCUGUUUUGACGCCAUCGCCGAGAUUGCUGGUGAGGAGUUCAUUCCAAAUAACAUUGCUGAAACCGAACAGAAACACAUUAUCCAAGAAGGUGCUGCCAGAUUUGUGCUUACCAAGUUGUUAAAGGCUGAUUUGCGACAACCAGCCUGCAAAUUGAGCGAUUCGAUCUCAGCCUUGCCAGCCGAACAAUUGAGGUCUUUCACGGCCCUAAACAGUGGCUGUUUCGACUUGUAUCAUAUGUGUUUGGCCAGUGAAACAGCACAAAAGGCCAUCAAGAAAGCGGUAACCCAACAGACGUUGAAGGCCAAAGGAUCCUUCCUUGGAGCCAAGUUGUUAUACGAGAAAUUAACGGGAAAAAAAUUCGAGUAG